UCCGAAUCCCAAUUUCAAUAGAACGCACCAUUGGAUUUAAGCGUACAUCAAGUUCCAGAGAUUUCGUAGAAGAGUCGAAACACACUAAAAUCGACGUGUUCACAUCGGCACUUUAUGACAACGCUGUUUUUAUUUGUUCCGGAUUAGAGUUAUAACAAUUUCUUCAUUUUGAACACCCUGUCUGAGUUAUAACCAUGGUGUGCAUUCCCUGCAUUGUGAUUCCGGUCCUGUUGUGGGUCUACAAGAGGUUCCUGGAGCCUAUUCUCUAUCCAUUUAUUUCACCCUUCAUUAACACAUUCUGGAAUAAAAAAGCUGUCCAGAAUACUGACACUGGUGGUCAAAACGUCAGUGAUAAGAGUAAUGGCACUUACAAGCCCCAAAACAACAGUGAGGCCACUGCUAAUGGAUCUACUAUAGCAGCCGAUAAGAAGACUGACUGACACCUCUACUUGCUUCUAAAGCAGCUAAAGAAGUGUAGAUAUUCAAAUGAAAUGACAUAUAGAAAAACUAUUAGAUAAUUUAUCAGUCUUCUUUAAACUGAAUUGUUUUAUAACCUUUGAAAGGCGUUGAAGCAUGUUUUAAAUUAAUUUCUUCAUUGAUAAUAUUGAUAUUUUUCUUGUUAAUUACUGUAUGUGAUAUUGAAUCCCAGUGAAAUAGACUUCAUAAGUCAAGCUUGCAGUUUUAACAAAAAAAAUCUAAAGAUAGAAAAGUGCUUGCUUCCAUACAAACUUUACAUGUUGCUGCAACUAGUUUGAUUAUGUAAGAAAGACAUCUAUUUUGUAUGUAUUUUAGGAUAUUCUGAAUAUUAUACUUCCAUAAAUUAGUUGAAGAUCAAUUAUUGUCACAGUUGUAUACAAUCGUGUAAAAAUAGUCUGUUUUGACAACUUCAACUCAUUCUCAUUUUGAUUUGUACAUUCUGUAAGGCAGCAGGUGUAGUGUCUGUUAUUUACAGUCAAGGUACUCAUUUGUGGAAAAAUGCUUACAUCAUUCAAUUGUACUGCAAAAGAGGUGUAAAUGAAUAUUUAUAAAUUAAUAAAUGCAACUUAAUGCAU